CAGCCGGCCGGUGCGCCCCGCGCGCGCCGCGCUCCCCGCUCGGUCCUCGUCAGCCCCGCGGCGCGGCCAUGGCCUGGCAGCGGCGGCCCGACGCCCGCGUCUGGGCUCGCGGCGCGCUGGCCCUGCUGGCCGUGGCAUUGUGCGCGCCCGGGGCCCGCGGCGGGGCGCUCGAGUGGUACUCGGCCCUGGUGAGCACCGCGUACGUGGACCCGCAGACGAACCGGACGGUGCGCAGCGUCUCGGAGGACGGCCGCUUCAGCGACAGUUCGCCCAAGGAGGGCGCGCAGGGCCUGGUGGGCGUCCCCCGCGGGCCGGACGCCGAGGCCUGCGCGCCCGACACUCGCUUCCACGUGCCCGCGCCCGGUGGCCGGGGUGCAGUGCCUUGGGUCGCCCUGGUGGCCCGCGGGGGCUGCCCCUUCAAGGACAAGGUGGCGGUGGCGGCGCGGAGGAACGCCUCGGCCGUGGUGGUCUACAACGAGGAGCGCUACGGGAACCUCACGGCGCCCAUAUCCCACGCGGGAACUGGAAAUACAGUGGUAAUUAUGGUUAGUUACCCAAAAGGAAGAGAAAUUUUGGAUCUGGUGCAAAAAGGAAUUCCAGUAAGAAUGGCCAUUGGGCUUGGCACCCGCCAUGUGCAGGAGUUCAUCAGUGGCCAGUCAGUGGUGUUUGUGGCCAUUGCCUUCAUCACCAUGAUGAUCAUCUCACUGGCCUGGCUGAUAUUUUACUAUAUACAGCGUUUCCUGUACACUGGCUCACAGUUUGGAAAUCAGAGCCAUAGAAAAGAAACUAAGAAAGUUAUUGGCCAGCUUCCACUUCAUACUGUGAAGCAUGGAGAAAAGGGAAUCGAUAUAGAUGCUGAAAAUUGUGCAGUGUGUAUUGAAAAUUUUAAAGUAAAGGAUAUUAUCAGAAUUCUGCCAUGCAAGCACAUUUUUCAUAGAACAUGCAUUGACCCAUGGCUUUUGGAUCACCGAACUUGUCCAAUGUGUAAACUUGAUGUCAUCAAAGCCCUGGGAUAUUGGGGAGAGCCAGAGGAUGUGCAGGAGAUGCCUGCUCCAGAAUCUCCCCCUGGAAGUGUUCCAGCUGUCAAUUUGAGUAGUAGUGUACAAGACGACGACAGAAGUGAUAGAAACAACUUACCAUCAUCUUCCUCUAAUGAAUCUGUACCUCAACGUAAUGCCGGUUUUAAAGAAGACACUGCUGAAAGUAUAGCGUUAUUAGGAACAGGCGGGAGUGACCCUCAGCGUGGCGGACCAGUAGCCUAGUGCAAGUUCCCACUGCUGGCGUCGUGGACAGAGCUUUGGCUUGAACUUAAGGACAUUAUAUUUUUUUUACCUUAGCGCACACAGUUUGUAUAUUUGAAAAUAAUGUACUUUGUUUUACCGUCCAGAUUCUGGUUUGAUAUACAAAAGGGCUAAGAUAUUUUAUUCUUAAAGAAACUUUUUGAUUAGUCUUCAUAUAUUUGCCUACUAAAAUAUAUCGUUUACGAUAAACAAUAUGUCAUCUCAGACUUAACAGAGAAAUUCUAAUGUAAAGGUGGGGUUUCUGAAUAUUAGGAUAGCUCCUGUGGGACUGUAAAAACAAGAUUAAUUCUAUUUCUUGAGGAUGUUUUAAGACUAAGCACACCGCGUUUUGGUCUACUUGAAGCAGAAUUGUGUAAUUAAUUUCAGUAGUUGAUCAUAUGCGUUUCCUCCAAAGACUUCAGAACUUUAAACUUGUAAACAAGAUGAGAAAUCUGUACCUUUCUUGUGCGUCUGUACUGUAUAUAGAGAUUUCAAAACCUUAGAGUACUUUUUCGUUGUUGUUUUCUAUGGGGAGUUAUGAGAAAAUCACUAGAAGACUUUAAGAUUUGCACUUUCCCCUUUUAUUACCUAAUGUCUUGUGAUGCCUUGAUGGGAAGGAGAAUUUGUCCAUUUUUUCUGCAAAUAAAAAAACUAAGAUUCUGUA